GUCUCCCUGGCUGAACUUUAAGUUCUUUAUGGACAGUUGACUCAACACUUCACGCCUAUCAUGCGAUACUUGGUGCAUAGUAGGUAUCCAAAUAUUUGUAGAGUAAAUGACCUUAGAAAAGAAAAUGAAUGUGGAAAAUGCAGUUCCCCUAAAAUUCUAGUAGUGAUAUCUAUUGCUGGGAUAAAGAGACUGAUGAAAUUUCACAAGAGGGCAAAGCUUGCCAUUAAUAUUCUCAUUAAAAUAUAAAUAACAUACAAUUACCAUAAAUAAACUGUGUGUUUUACCUGGCAAUUCUUCAAAGAUAAUUCACUUGGAGGAAACUUGGUCCUGUUUUGGAACAGGAACUUAUUUUCUGUAUGACUUCAAACACAUUUGCAGGAAACCUCACCAAGAAAUACGGAUAACCACAAGUUUUAAUUUUUCAUGCUUUUUCACCGGAUGAUCUAAAACUUUUGAGGAGCAAAAAUUACUUAUUCGGAUAGGUGCUAAUUGUCUACUUACAAUCAGAAAAUGAUUUAAAAAAAAAAAAAGCUUAUUUUUGUUACUAAAAGUUCGAGCUAGAUAGGCCUGAAAAAAUGUAAACUUUAGUAUUCUUGUAGUCAUUUAUUAAUCUGUUUCAGAGUUUAGAAUAAUGUUCUUUAAAUAUGCACUUGUGCACUUGAAGAGGUUAUUUUUUCUGAGUUGGCGAAAGAGCACCGUUGUUCUUGAGUCAUAUCUGAGUGAGUCACUGUGCACAUCCCUGAGGGUGGCAGAACAAAGAUUCUUUUGUGCAUUUCUACAGCAGAUGCACAUUCAGAGAGUUUCCUGGCAAGUAAAAGAACUUGCUUAUGCUCCUGGCCUUUAUUUGUAAACCCAGUUGAUUAGAAAGGGACUAUUAGAUCUGGGUGGGGCCUUUGCUAUAAAGCAUCUCUUCUGGGUACCUUAUUUUAUGUGUAUUGGAGAUUCCCAAUUUGAGAUAAAUCUUUGACCAUCCUGGAGUCGGAACACUAAGAUUUUGUUUCCGAGACUGAGGAGCUACCCUGGGAGAGACUUCUUCUCCUAAGCGGAAGAGCAGCCAGGCAAAAUGAGCUUGACUGUGUGACGAAGUCCUGGUCUUAGAAGGGAUAGAGUGAGUGUGAGCUCUGUAGCGUUGUGGUUUAUAUUUGCCUUGGACCGUAAGGUUUACUGAGCCCCUGUAAAUAAAAACUGAAUGAUCCACUUUAUUAAAAACUCAAGGUUUUGGGGGCAUAAGCAACACCUACUUGAUGUCCUUUUUGAGUGUAACUCCAAUGAGGGAUAGAAACAUCCUCCACUGUUUUGCCAAAAAUUGAAACUUUGGCAUCUGGAGGGCUGUGCAGAUAGUGUAGCUCAUUGCACAGGACAGUUAGUACAUACUAGAAGUAGCUGCACUGCCUAGCAUUUGUGAACAUAUGCAACACUCCUGUAAAUACUUUAGCUGGGGUCAAAAGCUAGUGAAAUAUGAGUUACAUAUUAAAGGAACUGAACUCCACAGAGGUGAAAUAGCUUGCUCAAGGUCACAUUACUCAUCAGUGACUUCCCUAAUCUAGCUGUUGUUGGAUGCCAUUGAGUCAAUUCCAACUCAUAGUGACCCUAUCUGACAGAGUAGAAGUUCGCCCAUAGGGUUUUCUUGGCUGUAACCGUUACAGAGGCAGAUCAGUAGAUCUUUUUUCUGCGGAGUUGCUGGAAGGGUUCUAACCACCAACCUUUCAGUUAACAACCAAGCAUCUCAUUGUUGCGCCACCAGAGCUUCUCAGUCCAGUGGUACCUACUGCUUUCUCUUUAUAAGAACAUUGAAUUUCAGGCUGCAUUUUAAACUUUGAACUUUUGUUUAUAUAGUGACAUGUAAACAGAUGCUUAAUAUUUUCCUAAAUAAAUGCCCUUUGUUCAUACUAGUCUUGAGUGCUAUAUAAGUACAGUGCCUGUGUCAAUUUAAUGAGAAUUAAUAAUUGUCAAGUUUUAUCUAAAAUGAAAAUGAAUGUACCUGGUAUGGGAUCUGUACCAUUUAUAACUUGUACUUCUGUCUUCAGAGGAUGCUAGCCUAUUCUAGUUUGGCUUUUUAAAAGGAUUCAAUUAAUACAAGAAGGGUUCAUCGCAGUAAAAAAAAAAUUUAUUAUUAAGUUUGUGUGUCACAAAUACCUAGAUUGGGGUUUGGAUUACUUAUGGGCUUGUUAAAUGACUCUGAGGCAGAAUAGAAUACAUGCUUGUUCUGAGGAAGACUGCUUAAUAAACGUUUGUGUGGUAAAUAUUUUUUCAACAGCUUUUUAAGUACCAGGGACAAGAGAUGUAAAAAGAUAGUUCAGUCACCAGGGAAGAAGAUAUGUAUAACAAGUACACAGACAAUAAAAAUACAGCCUGAUUAGGUAAUGUGAUAGUUGUAAAUAUCUGGUGUUCAGGAGUUUAUAGGAAGGUUGUUUUGAGGGUUACAAGGGUAGGUAGGUGUCAGACACGUUUUGGAAAAAGGAACCCUGAGUUGUUUAACAGUAGAUUAUGUAAACAUUAGGUAAAGAAGGGGUAGUAUGUGUUUUCUGUAGAGGGAACAGCUUGUGCCAAGGCCAUGAGAUGAGAGAGAUUGGCACGUACAUGUUGCCUGGUCAGUCAUAAUAUUGGGACAUGGGUUAGUAGUAAAAUAGAUGAGGCUGGAGGCAUGGUCAGAAUCCACUGUGGCAGCAGUGUGAAGAGUGGAUUACAAGGGUCAGUCUGGAGGCAAGAAGGUUGUUUUCGGUUAUCCAGUGAGAAAUCACGAACUCCUAAAUUGCUGUAGUUGGAGUGGGGAAUAGAGAUAUUUAGAAUGAAGAAUUGACAGGAUUCUGGCCAGAUCCAUUAAAGGUGGGUGGUGGUGGUGGUUUUUAGUUACCACUGAGUCUGUUCCAACCCUUGGCCACCCUAUGUGUACAGAGUAGAACUGCUCCAUAGGGUUUUCAAGACUGAGAUCUUUCAGAAGCAGAUUGCCAGGCCUGUCUUCUGAGGCACCUCUGGGUGGAUCCGAACUGCCAACCUUCCGGUUAGUAGUCGAAUACUUCACCAUUGCACCACCCAGGAACUUCUGCAAGGCAGGCACUGCCACUUAUAUCAGGGAACCUAUGAGCAAGGUGCAUGUCGGGGUGUAGAUAAUGAAUUUAAUUUUGGACGUAUUAUACUUGAGAUACUGAUGGGUCACCCAGGUGAAAAUGUUCCAAAAACAUUUAAGGAAGAAAGAAAAGAAAGAGAAGCCUCUGAAGGAGACUUUAGAAGGAGCAGCUAGAGCAGGAAGCCAAAAAAAAAAAAAUCCAGUGGACAUCAGGUCAAUUCUGACUCUUGGCGAUCCCAUGUGUGUUGAAUAGAACUUUUCUCCGUAAGGUUUUCAGUGGCUGUUUUUUUUUUUCUGUGAAAUGGCUUGGCACAAUAGUCACAGUGAUGGACUUGAGCAUGCCGGUGAUUGUGAGGAUGAUGCAGGACUGGGUAUCGUUUCAUUCUCUUGUACAUGGGAUCGCCAUGAGUUGGAGUCAGCUGAACAACUGUAUCUAAAGUAUAUCGUUUGGAACUUUUAUUUCUAAAACUUAAAAUUCCAGAGUAUAAUUUUGUAGUGUUAGAGAGUUUUUACUAAUAAAAUGUAAUUUUCAAGUAGUUUAGUUAGUUAAUGUAUUCUAACCUACAAAUAAGAAUCUCCAGCUUAUUAUUAGAAGCGUAUACUCAAAUCUUUAACAACAACAACAACAACAAAAAGGACUAGAUCAUAACGUAGUGACAGAAUGAGGUAUCCACUGUCAGGAAGUAUCCAGAGUUGUCAGACUUCGCCAGAGAGCAUUCCUGGAAGCAGUUUGUCAUAGGCAGAGAACAGCAUAUGGUGGUGAUUGGCACGCAUGAGAAAAGAUACUAAAAAAAGAAUGCAGGUGGAGACUUGAAAUUUAAGAAAAGCUAAAAAUAUCUGUCACCACAUCAGAAAAGCAGGAAAUAAUCAUGCGUUCUUACCCUCUUUUAUUUUGAAAAAUGUGAAACUACGGAACCAUGGGAAGAAUAGUACCCUUUAUCAUACACGGUUCACUAAGAGUUUGUACUUUUGCCAUGUUUAUGUUAUCUCCCUCUCUUCCGUAUAUACUUUAUUUUACUAAACCAUUUGAAAGUAAGUCGAUGACACCUCACUCCUCAUCAAUUUAUCUCCAAGAUAUGUCUCUUAUAGUUUUAUUUUUCAAUAUGAAAUCCAGUCAGCGUACAUCACAUUUGGUUGUCAUGUCUCUUUAGUGUUUAACCUAGAGCAGUCCAUCUGCCUUUUUCUUUCUUUCAUGAUAUUGAUGUUUGAAGAGUCUGGCCAGCUGCUUUACAGAAUGUAGCAUAAUCUGGAUUCAUCUGAUUUUUUUCCUCAUGAUUAAAUUCAGGUUAAAUAAUUUUGGGGGUGAGAAAUUACAUAGAUGGUGCUCUGUACUUUCCAUUCUGCCACAUCAGGAGAUAAAUUAUUGGAGAUGCUAAAUUUGAUCUUUUAUCCUUCUGUUGUAGAGGUACCCUUUCCCCGCUAUAAUUUAUAAGUGAUCUGUGAGGUGAUACUUGGAGAAUGUGUAAAUAUCCUGUUCUCCAACAUUACACUUAGUGGCUUUAGCAUUCACAGAUGAACUAAAUUUACUAUUGCUUUGCUAUUGCAGAGUAGUAAUUUUCUAAUUCUGUAAUUCCCUGUAUAUUUAUUAGCUGGUAUUCUUCUGUUUAGGGAGUCCUGGUAGCACAGUGGUUAAAGUCCUUGGCUGUUAAGCAAAAGGUUGGUGGUUCGAAUCCACCAGCCACUCUGCAGGAGAAAGAUGUGGCAGUCUGCUUACAUGAAGAUUUACAGCCUUGGGAACCCUAUGGGGCAGUUCUUCUCUGUCCUAUAGGGUCGCUAUGGGUCAGAAUUGACUUGACAGCAAUGAGUUUUGGGUUCAGUGGUAGAAUUAUCACCUUCCAGAGACCUGGAUUUGAUUCCCAGCCAAUGCACCUCAUGUGCAGCCGUUACCCAUCUGCCAGUAGAGGCUUGCAUGUUGCUGUGAUGCUGAUUAGGUUUCCGUGGAGCUUCCAGAGUAAGGCAAACUAGGAAGAAAGGCCUGGCGAUUUACUUUAGAAAAUCAGCCAGUGAAAACCCUGUACCUCACAACGGUCCAAAUCUGCAGCUGAUCGUGGGAAUGGCGGAGGACUGGGCAGCGUUUGGUUCUAUUGUGUAUGGAUGGGGUUACUGUGAGUUGGGGGCUGACUCAACGGCAGCCAACAACAUUCUCUUAUAUAGAAAAGCAUUCCCCACCUUUCCUCUUUCUUCCUUCCUUUUCUCUUGUGUAUCACUAUGAAUUCAAGGAUUAUUUUUGAAUUCAAUAUUGUCGUUAUUCUUUUUGAUUGUUAGAUUGUCUCAGGUUUAGCCAGUGGGACCCCCUUUUGGCAUGAUCAUACUAGUCCUUUGAGUAUUUCCUUACUUUCUGGCACAACAAGAUGUUCCAGACUUGUACUUUCCUUGCCGUAGUCUUGAGAUCAGCUAUUUAUCCAAGGAACCCUGGUUCCUUUUUGUCAGAAAUGGUAUUUAGAAACCAGGGUCUGGGUUACAGGUAUGGGCUAGAGCUGUGUUGUGUUUGUGUUUUCUAGUUCUUACUAUUUACACCUUAGUGGAUGAGAAAACCAAUGGAAUGAGCUUCCCUAUUUAAAAUGUUUAAAAUAUGAUCUUGUCCACUCUGGGACAUUGUUGAAAACAUUUAAAAAAGUGUUAAUUAUUUGCUGAAAAUAAUUGUGUUUUGUAUUUUUAUAAUAUAAAUAUAUAAUACAGACAUUUGUUAACUGGUUACUAUGUGGCAGUCUCUGUGCUGUAUAUUUCGUAAGCAUUAUUUUACUUUAUGUUUAAAGGUAUUUUAUCAUUCCCAUUUUAGGUAAUAAACUUUAAACAAAUUAUCCAAGGUUACAGUUAUUAACUGAUAGAGGCAAAAUUGGAACCCAGGACUGCUUCAGAGACCAAGUUUUUAUUCACAUCAUUAAGCUGUCUCCCAACUGAUGGGGAGAAGAUUCUUCAGCAUCAGUUUUCAUUGCAGCAUCAUAGCUACAGAAUGUGUCUAUGAUGAGGUUGAAUCUAUACUGACACUGAGAUCUACCUUGAGAAUUUUUUCAUUGUUGACACUGUUGGGAUGGACUUGUUUUCCAGUGGGUGUCCUGGAUGGUGCGGUUAAGCACUUGACUACUAGCUGAAAAAUUGGUGAUUGAAACCCACCCAGAGGUACCUCGGAAGACAGGCUCCGAUGCUUCUGAAAGGUUACAGCCUUGAAAACUUGAUGGAACAGUUCUACUGUGCAUACAUUGGGUCACUGACUUAAAUACUAUUUAUUCUUAUCUUCACGGAAUGGAGAUCCUGUCAAAUCUCAGGGAACAUCAGCUUAGACUGAUGUCUGCAAGAGCACGCUAUGAAAGAUACAGUGGCAAUCAAAUUCUUUUUUGUUCAGAAACUAUUGCCAGAUGUUGGUAUAUCCUGCUUUCUGGAUCAGUGCUUAUGAAAGACUCCAUGGUCUUGCCUCCCUGCAGUUUUGGUAAGCAGUUUGGAGGAAAAAGAGGAUGUGAUUGUCUUGUAUUAGAGCCUUCAGAAAUGAUUGUGGUAGAAAAUUCCAAAGGUAACGAAGAAAGUAUUCUACAAAGAGAAAUACCUGCCAGACAGUCUAGACGAAGGUUUCGGAAGAUUAACUAUAAAGGAGAGCGCCAAACCAUCACUGAUGAUGUGGAGAUUAACAGCUAUCUUUCUCUUCCGGCUGAUCUUACCAAGAUGCACCUCACAGACAACCCUCAUCCGCAGGUGACUCAUGUAUCUUCUAGUCAGUCUGGCUGUAGCAUCGCCAGUGACUCUGGGAGCAGCAGUUUAUCUGAUAUCUAUCAGGCUACAGAGAGUGAAGUAGGAGAUGUAGAUUUGACACGUCUUCCAGAAGGACCUGUUGAUUCUGAGGAUGAAGAAGAGGAAGAUGAAGAGAUUGAUCGAACAGAUCCAUUGCAGGGGCGAGAUCUUGUUCGAGAGUGUCUUGAAAAAGAACCUGCAGACAAAACUGAUGAUGACAUUGAACAAUUACUGGAGUUUAUGCAUCAGCUCCCUGCUUUUGCAAACAUGACCAUGUCUGUGAGGAGAGAACUUUGCUCAGUGAUGAUCUUUGAAGUGGUAGAGCAGGCUGGAGCUAUUAUUCUUGAAGAUGGGGAAGAGCUUGACUCGUGGUAUGUUAUUUUAAAUGGCACUGUAGAAAUCAGUCAUCCAGAUGGAAAAAUUGAAAAUCUCUUUAUGGGAAAUAGUUUUGGAAUUACUCCCACUCUGGAUAAGCAGUACAUGCAUGGUGUUGUCAGGACUAAAGUAGAUGAUUGUCAGUUUGUCUGCAUAGCCCAGCAGGAUUAUUGGAGAAUUUUAAAUCAUGUGGAAAAAAAUACUCAUAAAGUUGAAGAAGAGGGAGAGAUUGUUAUGGUGCAUGAGCACCGAGAACUAGACCGGAGCGGAACCAGGAAAGGACACAUUGUAAUCAAGGCAACACCUGAGCGUCUCAUCAUGCAUUUAAUAGAAGAACAUUCUAUUGUGGACCCAACUUAUAUUGAAGACUUCCUAUUAACUUACAGGACAUUUCUUGAAAGUCCUUUGGAUGUUGGGAUCAAACUGUUGGAAUGGUUUAAAAUUGACAGCUUAAGGGAUAAGGUGACACGAAUCAUACUAUUAUGGGUAAAUAAUCAUUUUAAUGAUUUUGAAGGUGAUCCUGCUAUGACUCGAUUUCUGGAAGAAUUUGAAAAAAAUCUGGAAGAUACAAGAAUGAAUGGUCACCUCCGGUUAUUGAAUAUUGCCUGUGCUGCAAAGGCAAAGUGGAGACAAGUUGUGCUGCAGAAGGUUUCCCGGGAGUCCCCUCUGCAUUUCGGCCUUAAUGGAGGAAGUGAGAAGGGAUUUGGUAUUUUUGUGGAGGGAGUAGAACCUGGUAGCAAAGCUGCAGAUGCAGGAUUGAAACGUGGUGAUCAGAUAAUGGAAGUAAAUGGACAAAACUUUGAGAACAUUACAUUUGUGAAGGCCCUUGAAAUUUUGAGGAAUAAUACUCAUCUUGCACUUACUGUAAAGACCAACAUUUUUGUGUUCAAGGAAUUACUCAGUAGGACUGAGCAGGAAAAAACUGGUGUUCCUCACAUUCCCAGAAUUGCUGAGAAAAAAAGUAAUCGCCAUUCGAUCCAGGAUGUACCAGGAGAUAUUGAGCAGACAUCACAGGAGAAAGGAAAUAAGAAAGUUAAAGCAAAUACUGUUUCAGGUGGAAGAAACAAAAUCAGGAAAAUUUUGGAUAAAACACGAUUUAGUAUCUUGCCUCCAAAAUUGUUUAGUGAUGGAGGCCUGAGCCAAUCACAGGAUGACAGCAUUGUGGGCACAAGACAUUGUAGGCACAGUCUGGCUAUAAUGCCGAUUCCUGGAACGCUCUCAUCCAGCAGCCCAGAUCUCCUGCAGCCUACCACCAGCAUGUUGGAUUUCUCUAAUCCUUCAGAUAUUCCUGAUCAAGUUAUAAGAGUUUUCAAAGCAGAUCAACAAAGUUGCUACAUUAUCAUCAGUAAAGACACUACAGCUAAAGAAGUAGUCUGUCAUGCUGUUCAUGAAUUUGGAUUGACUGGUGCAUCUGACACAUAUUCUCUCUGUGAAGUUUCUGUUACUCCUGAGGGCGUCAUAAAACAGAGACGACUUCCAGACCAAUUCUCCAAAUUAGCUGAUAGGAUUCAGCUUAAUGGAAGGUAUUAUUUAAAGAAUAACAUGGAAACAGAAACAUUAUGUUCAGAUGAAGAUGCACAAGAACUAGUUAAGGAAAGCCAACUAUCCAUGCUGCAGCUCAGUACCAUUGAGAUGGCCACCCAGCUGUCAAUGAGGGACUUCGAUUUGUUUAGAAAUAUUGAGCCUACUGAAUACAUUGUUGACCUUUUUAAGUUAGAUUCCAAAACAGGAAAUACUCACUUAAAGGAGUUUGAGGACAUUGUAAACCAAGAAACAUUUUGGGUUGCCUCAGAAAUUUUAACUGAAUCAAAUCAGCUCAAACGAAUGAAGAUUAUUAAACAUUUUAUUAAAAUUGCACUUCACUGUCGAGAAUGUAAGAACUUCAAUUCCAUGUUUGCAAUAAUAAGUGGCUUGAACCUGGCACCUGUAGCGCGACUAAGAGGUACUUGGGAAAAAUUACCAAACAAGUAUGAGAAACACUUUCAAGACCUACAAGACCUUUUUGAUCCAUCUAGAAACAUGGCAAAGUAUAGAAAUAUUCUUAGUAGUCAAAGUAUGCAGCCUCCAAUUAUUCCACUCUUCCCCGUUGUCAAGAAGGAUAUGACAUUUCUACAUGAAGGAAAUGACUCCAAAGUAGAUGGUUUAGUAAACUUCGAGAAGCUGAGAAUGAUUGCAAAGGAAAUACGUCAAGUUGUUCGAAUGACUUCUGCUAACAUGGACCCAGCUAUGAUGUUCCGACAGAGGUCACUGAGUCAAGGCAGCACAAACUCAAACAUGCUGGACGUUCAGGGAGGUGCUCACAAAAAAAGGGCACGCCGCAGCUCCCUGCUUAAUGCCAAGAAGCUAUACGAGGAUGCUCAAAUGGCAAGGAAAGUGAAGCAGUAUCUUUCUAGUCUAGAUGUGGAAACAGAUGAGGAAAAGUUCCAGAUAAUGUCAUUGCAGUGUGAGCCUGCAUAUGGCACCUUGACCAAGAAUUUAGGUGAGAAAAGAUCAGCCAAAUCAUCAGAAAUGUCUCCAGCACCUAUGAGGUCAGCUGGCCAAACAGCCAAAGCCCACCUGCAUCAGUCCCACAGAGUAAGCCAAGUACUUCAGGUGCCAGCUGUUAAUUUGCACCCCAUCAGGAAGAAGGGCCAAACAAAAGACUCUGUCACACUGAGUACAAGUUUACCUCAGAAAGUAUCAGGAACAACUGAAGAAAUAAGUGGUAAGAAACAUACAGAAGACACUAUUUCUGUGGCAUCAUCCUUACAUUCUACUCCUCCUGCUUCACCACAGGGUUCCCCUCGCAAAGGUUAUACGCUUAUACCACCAGCUAAAUCUGACAACUUGUCUGACUCCAGUCAUAGUGAGAUUUCUUCACGGUCCAGCAUUGUGAGCAAUUGUUCUGUUGACUCCAUGUCUGCAGCUCUACAGGAUGAGCGGUGUUCCUCACAGGCUCUGGCGGUUCCUGAAUCUACUGGGGCAUUGGGAAAGACAGAGCCCCCCUCAGGAAUAGGGGACCACAGCCAGCUUGGCCCUGGGUGGACACUCUCGAAGCCAUCUCUAAUCAAGGGUUUAGCUGUCUCAUCUUCUAUGAGCAGUGAAGAGAUUUCUCAUGAGCACAUCAUUAUAGAAGCAGCUGACAGUGGUCGUGGAAGUUGGACUUCCUGCUCAAGCAGCUCCCAUGACAAUUUCCAAAACCUUCCAAACCCAAAAAGCUGGGAUUUUUUGAAUUCCUAUCGACAUACCCAUUUGGAUGGCCCCAUUGCUGAAGUUGAACCCACCGACUGUGACCCCUACUCCUGUCCUGUAGCCUGCUCUAGAACUUGUGGUCAGUGUAGAGGAAGCCUAGAGACUAAUCAGUUGAGACAGAGUUGGGCCUCUUCCAGUUCUCUGUCUGAUACAUAUGAGCCAAACUAUGGGACAGUUAAACGGAGAGUGUCAGAGAACACUCCAGCUGAGCCAUCCGAAGGCUUGGAUGCUAAGGAUGGCACUGACCCAAUGUAUAAAACUGUCACUUCAAGUACAGAAAAGGGCUUAAUUGUGUACUGUGUCACCUCACCCAAGAAGGACGAUAGGUAUAGGGAGCCACCUCCCACUCCUCCAGGAUACAUGGGGAUUUCUUUAGCGGACCUAAAGGAAGGACCCCACCCGCACCUAAAACCUCCAGAUUAUAGUGUGGCAGUGCAGAGGUCAAAGAUGAUGCAUAACAGCCUCCCUAGACUGCCACCGGCUCCUCUCAGUAGCAGCCCCAUGGCCUGUGUUCCAUCGAAGAUUGUAACUCAGCCUCAGAGGCAUAAUUUGCAGCUAUGCCAUCCUAAACUAGCAGAUGUGACUGACGCAGAUAGUGAAGCAGAUGAAGAUGAACAGGUUUCAGCAGUCUAGCCAUUGGCCAGCCCACGUGAAGAUCACUGAAAGUCACUGAGGGAUGGUCAGAACCACCCUGUGAUUCUGCAGGCCAUUGCCAACAAGCAGCUCGCUGCCAUUCCUCGCCCAGGGGUUCCGUUGCCUGGACUCCGAGCAGUGAGACCGACCUGACUGAGUCAUGCUUCCUUUUCACUUAAUCCCUGCAGAUGCAUAGCCUUUCCUCAGCUGUCGAUGCUGUGCCAGGACAUGUCUCCACUUUGCACACCAGACCAGCCUUGGGACCAGUUCCUAGAACAAAUUCAAAGUCAUCCAGAUGCAUAUCACUAUAGAUUUUCCUUUAACAAGUUAUUUUAAGUUAGGAUUAUUACUCUUAUUUGUGUGCCAUAGCUUUGGCUAAUGGACACAUUCACUAUGUCUGCCAAUACCAAGGAAAUUCUUGUGUAUUUGAAAAUUAACUUGCUUGAAGUUGUAUGGUAUUGUUUAUAUUUGGAAGCGCUGGCUAGCAAGUGUGUAUUCGGGGCCCUCAGGCUGUCUCUGGGCUGACCAAACAAGUCGCCGUCUUUACAUAAAGAAGCGAUUUGCUGUAACUUCUGUCGCACCAGUGCAGUGUAGGGUCUCAGUCCGAGCGGGAUAGGCAGUGGUUUCAGGUUAGUGUUAGGAAGGUCACAGUUUGGAAGGCCAAAUGAAGCAGACAUUUUCUUGUCAGUCCUUUGGGAAAAGGGGGUGGGAUUGGGAUGGAUAGGAACUUUGAUGUCAAAGAAUGAAAUUUUGAUGUUAAAUGACACGUAGACACAUUCUUCUCUGAAGUGAAAAUCAUGCCCUGUCUAAUUGUAAUGAGAAGGAUAAAUCCAGCAAAUAGAGAAUGGGUUCUAGAGAGUUAUUUUUCUACUCUAUAGAACCCCAAAACUAAAAUUUUUCACUACUCCAAUAAAGAGUUCUUUUUUUAAACAAAGUAUAAUCACAGUGAGGUGUGGUAAUUAUGAAAAAGAGUUUGGUUUCGUGCAGUGUUCUGCAGCAUACCACCUGCAUGUCUCCUAGCACCAGACUGUGUCCAUCUGAAUAAAUCCUGCAGAUCUCAGCUGCCCGCGGUAAAGCUUUUUAGCCUACAAAAGUACAUAAUUGGUGGGAAAUUUUGUGAGAGAAGGAGGAGCUAGAUUUAUAGAAAUGAUUAUUUCUUGUUUCUCAGGUUAGCCCUUGAGGACAUUCCUUAACAGCCUAUGUGGCAUGGAUCUCUUAAGUAUUUAAUUAAAAUUUCAGUGACUUUAUUUCCUGGAUGAGCUAGGUUUUUCAGGUUUUUUUAAAUUAAAGACAGUGUUUUCUAUAUCUUAAGUUUAAAGUUUUUUAGUGUAAAGCUAAGUGAAGUUUUAAUAAACUUCUGUUAGUACCAAAAAAGCCAAAGCCAUUAAUAUGCACUACCCAGAUCAACUUGGAGCCAAAAUGGGUUUUCUUCUGCAAAGUUGUUCGUAUGUGACCAUAUAAGAUUUAGUUGGUUCAUGGCUUCCCUUUUAGACAUUUGUUCUCUUGUUUCCUAGCUGUCUCUUCCCUCUCUUUCUCUGUAUCCCUUCCUGUCCCUUUCAUUUUAAAAUCAUAAAUCAAGUCCAAGUGUUAAAUAGUAGGUAGUAUUUCAUCUUUUCCAUCAAAAUGAUUGCCUCUUCACUUUAGGAAAAACAGCAUGUUUGACAAAAUCGCCCUGGAAAAAAUGAGAACAUGAAUCUGAAAUUUAAGCCUUAGAAAUUAACCCAGGUAUAUAAAAAAAAGGAAAAAAAACUUUUUUUCUUUUUUUUUUAUAUUACAGUGAGGCUAGGUAGCUCCAUAGCUUUUUUAGUCCAUUGAAAUGGAAAGUAGCGUGGAUGUAAAUCCUGGUCUGAGAGUCAUGCUCUAGUGAUCUAGCCUAUAAACAGUGGUCGUCUGAUCACGGAGCUAUGUCUUUUGGUUGAAAGUGAAAGAUAUUUUUGCUAUAACCAGCUUUUUAUCAAGUUUGAGUAUCAAUCCCCACCAUUUUAUAUCCAUUACCCCAGAAAAAUUGGGCUGUUUGCACAGUAUCUGUUUAUUUAGCAGGUCUUUCAAAUCAAGUGGAAGCCUUACUCAUCUUUGUCCUUAAUGGUGUAAAUAAUACCUUGCACAGAGAGUUGAGGCCUGUGGUUUUGGACUUGCACCUUAUAGCUGCCUUUGUUUUACCUAGCUUUAACUGUGUUUGAAUCAGCUGAUCACAUUGAUCAGAAACUAAUGCCAAACGCUUUGUAGUUUGAUAUGUAUGUAUCCCUUAAAAAAUAGGUUUUGAUUUUUAUAUUAUUUGAAUUCAGGGUAUAGAGAAGCCCAGACCUGUAUUUGCUCCAUCUCCAAAUCACCUGUUAGUUUUUGCUUUUAUUUUAUAAAUUUGUAACUUCAGUGCUCUCUCCUCCCACCACAAUCCUGAAAUCUGCCAGGACUACUGAAACAGCAAACCCUCAGUGCAAAUUUUUGCUGAAUAAUGAUAUCGACAAAACAGGCUCUUUAUAAUGAAAGCUCUGAACAAUUAGUAAAUCCAAUACAUGCUUCUAUAGAAAUUUGUUGUAAUAGAUUCUAAUUUCCUCCAAGUGAUUGCUGUCAAUGUGAUAUUUAACUGGGGAGAAAAAGCCUUUAAUGGUUUUUCAUGAGAGAGAUAAGUCACAUCAUUGUCAUCUGCUUGAGAAUCUCCCAGGCUGGAAAUGUGGCGGUUAAUCAUGAAGCUUUCCAAGAACAAGCCUGCUUUUUAUAAUGUGUUCUCUCCUCUCCAAAAAGAAGGGAGAGAGAAAGUUUCCUUGCAUAUUUAAAACAAUGGUUGUAUCUGAUAUAAUUUUAAGUUUCUGAAAAACGUGCUGUUAAAGUAGAUGUAUCCCUUUAGCAUUACCUUAAAGGUUAGAAAAAAGGGAGAAAUCUUCAGAAAAGUGUCACAGUACAUAUUUAAACUUGAACCCCAGUUCAUCUUUACCUUUUGUGUGUGUGUGUGUGUGUGUGUUUAAGGCUUCUUUAUUUUUGAUACACAGAAUGCAGUUGAUCUUUUAAAAUCAAGAGGUGAGCUUAUCGGCAAAAGACAGAAACCAAACUGCACAGUUGUAAUAAUCAAAUAGCAAUUAUACUGCACAAUUCAGUGAUUGUAAAGUGUCCUAUAACAAGCAAUGUUUGUCUCCUAUUUUUUGAUACCUCUUAAACUUAUGUCUUUUAGAAAGACAGUGCCUCUGUAUGCUUUUUGUAUUUUUACUGAGUGUAAAUAUUUGUUAUAUUUUUGGUUAAGAGAAUGUAAAAGUACCGUUUAUUAUUAUCAUAUCUACUAAUACAUUGGUGGAAUCAAUAAAGAAUCUACGUUAAACACCUGUGCACUUUAUUGUGUUUGGCAGGUGGAAUAAUAUCACAGACAUCCAUGAAGGCCAGUCUGGGACCAAUGUCCCAUGUGAAGGCCUUAUUUUUAACUAUCUUGAGAGAACUUGGAGCAGUCUAAUUCUUACAGUAUGAAGUCUGUCAAACACCUAGCUGUUGUUUGGGUUAAAAAAAUUGUAUUUGAUUGCAAGACAGAUCACUGGUUUAGACCCCAUUGGGGAUUACUUUUCUCUUAUAACAGUAAAUCCGAAGCUGACUCUCCAGGGCUGAUGUUGCGACUCCACGGUGUUGUCAGGGACAGGGACCUGACCUUCACACCUCUGGGCAUCACCUCAGUGUUUCACGCAAGAAGGAGAAGGAAGGGUUUAGGGAAAAAGGUGCAAAUGUGUGACGCUUUUUAUUAGCAAAACAACAGCCUUUCCAGAAGCUCCACUUGAAUAUUUCCGCUUCCAUCCCAUUAAUCGGAAUUGUGUCUCAUGACCAGUGGCUGCAAGGGUACUUGGGAAAUUGACUUUUUUAGCCAAGCAGUUGAUGCCCCAAACAAAGUCGAGCUUCUUUUCAAUAAAGAAGGAAAGAAUGGAUAUUUGAUAGGCAGCUAACUGGACAUACCACAGCAUGCCUUUCGUUCCUCCUUUGGGAGGGACAUGUAAAUUGCAGCCAUUUGUCUCAAGGGACAGAUCCCAGUGCCCUUGGCAACAUAGGAAAUUCUGCUUUAGCACCCCUUUCUCAAAUCCCUCAACCUCCCCUCUGUACCCAGAGAAUAUAUAUAUGUAGCUAAGGCUUCUACCUUUUCCCAGUUUACCCUUCCAAACACAAACCAGGCUUUCCCAGGCCAGUCUUUCCUAUGGUUUCAUGGCGCAUUCCCUGCAAUCAGUUGACUGAGGGAGAGAAAACUCAAUAAUGGUAGGGCUCACCUCUUGUUUCUUGGGAUUACUGUCUUCCUUUGUUGCCUGAUGUCCAGUGUCCUCGGUGCCAUUGUUUUAUGUAUUUUGUACGGUUUUUUAGUUGCUUCAGAAAGGAGGGUAUAAAGUAUCCAUUACUCUACCUUGACCAUAAGCAGAAGCCCAUAUACAAAAUUUUACUACAACUUUCUUAGUAAAUGAUAGAACAAGCUGACCAAAAAACAAGAACAAUAAAGAUACAGCAAGGAACCUAAUGGGCCUAUAUAGAACACUGUACCAACUACUGUAGAACUCACGUUAUUUUCAGAUGAACAUGGAGCAUUUAUCAACUAUGUGUUAGGCCAUAAGGUAUGAAAAAAAAUUUAAGGGUUUAAACUAUGUAGAGAAGGCUCUCUACUACAGAAUUAAAUUAGGAAUCAAUUUUUAAAAUUAAGAAAUAUGCCUCUAAAUAACCUAGUGGAAAGUAAAAAUUAUUUUGAACUGAAUGAGAAUAAAAAUAUGAAUAUCAAAACAUUGGAUAUUGUUAAAGCCAUGAUUAUAAGGAAAUUUUAUCACCUCAAAUGCAUAUAUUAGAAAAAAUGAGAAGCUAAAAAUGAAUAGCUAAGCAUUCUGCUCAAGAAACCAGAAUAGUAACAGCAAAUUAAAUCCAAAUCAGAAGGAAAUAAUAGAGUUAAAUAGCAGAAAUUAAUGAAAUAGGUAUAAUAAAUACGCAAAUAAAAAGGAUUACCAGAGCAAUAAGUUGUUUCCUUUAAAAGAGAAAUCCUUGAUGAGAAUCAUCAAGAAAAACAGCAAAAAUAAAGUCAGGAAUGAAAAAGAAUUACCACUAAAUCAUUAAAGAGGUAAGACAGCAUGAAGAGUUUUUUGCUAAUUUUAAAAUGUAGAGGAAAUAAUUUCAUAGGAAAAAGCACAGCUCACCAAAGCCACAAUAAAAUGAAGAAAAAUUCGGUAGUCCUCUAACUAGAAAACACUGGUGGCUUAGGGGUAAAGUGCUAUGGCUGCUAACCGAGAGGUUGGCAGUUCGAAUUCUCCAGGCGCUCCUUGGAAACUUUAUGGGGCAGUUUUACUCUGUCCUGUAAGGUCACUGUGAGUCGGAAUCAACUUGACAACAACAGGUUUGGUUUUUAUAACUAUUAAAUUGAAUCUGUAAUUUAAAAGACCUUCCACAAAGAAAACUCCGUGCAUGGAUUGAUUCAUAGGUAAUUUCUACCAAACAUGGAAGAAGUAACACUGAUCACAAGACCGGUAGGCAUUUCUUAAAGUUCCAUCACUCUCUCACAUUGGUCUUUCUCACGCACACAAACCCACUAGCUAUAAAGGAAAUGAUUACUAUAUUUGAUUACAUUAAAAUUAAACUCCUGUUCAUCAGAAAACACCAUUUAAAAGAGCUAAACAAUAGGCAGUAGAGUUGGAAAAUGUACUGUAAUUCAUAUAACCUUCAAAGGACAGGUAUCUGGAAUAUAUAAAGUGUUUCUAAAAGCCAAAAGAAGACCAAUAGAAAGAUGAGCACGAGACUUAAGGAAGCGCUUCAUAAAAGAGGAAAACAUGGCCCAUGAACGUAUGAAAGUUGCUUAAACACAUUGUGAAAAGCUCUAAAUACAUUUGGAAUUGGUGAUGGGACAGUAUUAGAUGUGCUGCCCUUUAUUGGGAGUGUGAUAGUUGAUGAGGGUAGAUAGAAAACUUUCUCGAAACAAUAUGGGCUAAAAGAAAAAAUUGUGGUAAAAAUACACUGGAGCCACCAGAUGGCGCUACUGUACCAUGUGACAAUUUGUCUCUUAGAAAAUUAAAAAGUAAUUUCUUAGUCAUCUUUCCAGAUACAUCUGCAUCCCAUAAUGAAAUAUUUGGGGAGGACCGUCAGUCAAAGAUGCAAUGAAACUGAAAGCAUUUACAAACCAGAAAAUAUGAGAAAAUCUUAGAUACUAUUUGGGUAAUCUCUGGACAAUAAUGAAUGGACGGGUAUGGAUAUACCCAAUUCCUACUGCAAUUUUGUGCGUUUGACUAUAGGAUUUGGAAUACUUAGUGUGUAUUGGUCUUUUCCAGGGAUCCCAAGAGAAAUCUACCAGAAAGUAUAAAUGGCUCAAAUCUGAACAGGAAUACAAAGCUGGUAUUAUGCAUAAGAACCAAUCAAAAUUCUAACAAUGUGCCUUGAAUGACUGCAUACUCUAAAGACCCCUGACUGCUGCUCUUCUGUUCUGACCACACAUUUUACACAAGAAAAGUGACAUUGCUUAUGUGGGUGAUUCCUAAGCCCUGGCUAAACAGGAAUUUUGUGCUUUCCUCAUGUAAAAGGAACAGGCCUACUAGGAAAUGUGAGGAACACUUGUAAGAAUUAUUGAGGCCGAGAAUGGGGACUCUAGGGAUUGAUUUGUAUCCCCCAACAAGUUUUGUUCAGUCCUAACCUCUGGUACCCUGGAUAUGACCUUAUUUGGAAUUAGUGCGUCUGCAGAUCUAAUGAGUUAAUACGAGGUCGUACUGGAGUAAGAAGGGCCCUAAUUCCAUGUGAUGGUGUCUUAGAGGAGAAGAGACACACAGCAAAGACGGUCAUGGAAAGAAAGAGUCAGAGAUUGAGGUAACGCUGCCACCCUAGGGCUGCCAGAAGCCAGAAGAGAUAAGGAAGGAUCUUCCUCGCGAGGUUCCGGAGACAUCAUGGCCCUGUUGACGUGCUGAAUUUUGACUUCUAGCCUCCGGACCUGUGAGAGGAUAAAAUUGUAUUGUUUUAAGCCACCCAGUUUGUGGUAAUUUGUGAUAACAGCCCUAGAAAACUAAUGUACGUGUUAAAACGACUUAGUUUUUAUGUAUAGUCUACAUCUCAUUCAAAGCGUCCAGAAUUAUGGGAUAGGUAAAUUACAAUCCAAACGUUCAGUGGCUUUUACAACACGUAUGAUGGGUUAAUCCACAUUAGUCCACGGGAGCUAGUGAUGACCCAGGAACAGUGAGAACCAGCAGACCUGGAUUUCAUACAUUAGAGACAGCAUUUUUCAAAAGCACUGCUGAAGGAGACCGGCAUUCUCGACAGGCAUUACUUCAGGGCUCCAGCCAGGCAUGGGGGCCUGUACAGCACAGUGCAGGGGCCUGCGAACGUGGACAAGCCAAGCCUAGACACCAUGGGGCCAGCGGACUCAUGAACAACUGAGGAAUGAAUUGGGGCCAUUUAGAACAAAGUCCAGUCACAUCAGUGACUGGGGGAGUCGAAGUCUGGAGAGGGUGUCCAGGGCUCUGGGAUCACGUGCCAAGUAAGCACACAUCAACCUGUUUUGAGUCGGCCUUUAGGAGACAUAUCCAGGAAAAAUUUUUAGUAAGCUUUAUUGUGAAAAAAUGAAGUGCACACAACAGAUGCACAGUUUGACAGUUAUUAGGAAGUGACUAUGUAUGUUGGAAACCCUGGCAGUGUACUGGUUAAGUGCUACAGCUGCUAACCGAAAGGUCGACAGUUCGAAUCCACCAGGCGCUCCUUGAGAACUAUGGGGCAGUUCUACCUGUCCUAUAAUGUAGCUAUGAGUCAGAAUUGGCUCAAGGGCAACGGGUUUGGUUUUUUGGUGAUUAACCAGUUAAAGAAAGAGAGCACUACCAGUAGCCCAGAAUCAACCCUCUGGUCAACAGGUUGCUUUUUGGUUUUUAUAUUUGCUGGUAAUUGGAAAAACUAGAAAGAAGCACAUUUAGUUACAAUUGACAUACAGUAAAUAAACUCAUUGCCAUCGAAUUGAUUCUGACUCAUAGCGGACACAGUCGGACUCCCCGCUAGGGUUUCCAAGAAGCGUCUGGUGGAUUCAAACUGCCAACCUUUUGGUAAGCAGCUGGGCUCUUAACCACGGCACCACCAGGGCUCCAUACAAUAAAUUACGUGUAUUUAAAAUAUACAAUUUUAUAAAUAUUGACAUAUGUGCAAAACGGUGAAACGCUCACCAUGAUCAUAAUAAUGAACAAAUUCCUCGUCCCCUGAAAUGUCCUCAUGUCCCUUUGUAACUCCUUCCAGCUACACCUUCCCAGGCAACCACUGAUCUGCUUUCACGAUACAUUAGUUUGCGUUUCCUAGAUUUUGAUACAAAUGGAGUACCACAGUAUGUAUUUUUUUUUUUUAAUAAUUUAUUUUAUUUUAUUUUGUUAUUGUUCAGUCAUCACUAGUCUUUUUAACUUUGGUCACUUCCGUGGAUAUUUAUGGUAUUUCAUGGUGAUUUUUGUUUGCAUUUCCCUGAUUAGUAUGGGGUUGAGCCCCUUUUUAUAUUUGUAUGGGCCAUGUGAUUUCCUCUCUUAUGAAGUGCCUUUUUGAGUCUAUUUUCUUCUUAAUGAUUUAUAGGUGCUCGCUAUGUAUUCUGGAUACGUCUCCAUCAACUAUGUGGAUGGCAAACAUCUCCCACUCUGUGGCUUGCUUUGUCACACUCUUCGUGGUAUCUCUGGAUGAAGAGAAGUUCUUAAUUUCAAACUGGAGAAAUUUCUUAUUUUCUUUUAUGGUUAGCACUUUUUGUGUUCUGUGUAAGGGGUCUUUCCUUACUCCAAGUUCAUGAAAGUAUUCUCCUAUGUUGUCUUUAAAAUACUUCUAUUUUGCCUUUUAAAUUUAGCUUCAAAUACAUCUGGAAUAAAUUUUUGUGUAUAAUGUGAGGUAGGGGUCGGGUUUUAUUCUCCCACACAUUUUCUCAGUGAAAGAAAAGAGAGAUGUGGGGUAGUAAAACAAACAAACAAAAAAUCACUUUAUGUACAUGUAAAGUAAUAUAUGUUAGAGAAUAAUAUAUUGUUAGGAAGUUUUAUUUGUUGUAGAGCCCUGGUGUUGCAGUGGUUAAGAGCUCAGCUGCUAAAUAAAAGGUUGGCAGUUCGAAUCCACCAGCCGUUCCUUGGAAACUCUAUGGGGCAGUUCUACUCUGUCCUAUAGGGUCGCUGUGAGUCGGAAUCGACUUGAUGGCAACAGAUUUGGUUUUUGGUUUUUUAUAUUUGCUGGUAAUUGGAAAAACUGGAAAGAAGCACAUUUAUAUCAAGGAGAAUUUGAUUACAGCAACCUGAGAAGGAAGGAGCUUGAAAACUAUAAAAGGCAAAAAAGGACAUAUAACACAAUGUGAGAUCACAGGUAAAGAGACAGUCUACACAUCAGCAUCACUGAACAAAUAGAGUCACAUGUUGGACCAGACACACAUGCUUUUUAAGUUUUGGGUUCUUUAUUUGUUUAUAAUGCAACAUUGUCAUCAAGAGGGGCUCAAAGAAAUCCAGUCUACUCUAAAACAGCACAGUAUAUAUUUGUACCCUUGCAAUAUGUAUUAUGUACAAUAUUAGAAAUAUAUAUAUUAAAAGAUCUCUUUAAAAUGAUUAAGAUAAAAAAAUCUCUUGGUGCUUGAAAAUGCUGUAUCUGUAAAAUUCAUGUAUUAUGCUUUGAGUCACAAGGAUGCAGGAUAAUUUAGAUUUCCUUACACUCAUUUUUUAAUUUAGUCAAUUUAAUUGAUCAUUGUGGCCUCGACCUUUAUUUUAUCUCACAAACAUUGCUGCAUGAGUCUAGGUGUGACAUUUUUUUUCUUCUCCUUCAAUCUAUUCACAGACUCUCCGGAGAGAGACCAGAUCUGAGCCUUGCAAGGGUUGGGAAACAAGAUUCUAGAAGCUCCUAAGAAGAAGCCAUUCUCAGUGCAGGUGAACUAGUUUAAAAGCAAGAGCAGGGUGAAAUAAUAAAGAGAAGGAAAACAUUAAGAAAAUAUGACAGUCACAAUAUAAUCAAGUGUCCAUUGAAAGUUGCCCCAGAGUAGACACAAUGCAAACCACCAACUCAGUCGCUUGACGUCCUUUUCUGGUUCUUCCUAUCUAAAUGUACUUGGAAUAAUCUCUAAUUGAGACUCCCGGUGCCUGGCACUCUGUACCAGCAGAAAUCGAUGCAUUCGGGAGUGACGUUCAAGAAGGCAGUGGGUGCACGGGAGCCUGACUGCGGCAGGAAUCCAAGACCCCCAAAGAGGUCACGUCAGAAACUCGGAUUAUUCGGCGACGGCCCAACACCUCAGGACAGAGCCGCGUGCCUUCCUCAGGCGGUUUAAUCAGUAAAUGAAUGAAUAGCUACAGAAAAAACAUUUGGACGUUUUCAGUUAAGUCCUCAGACACCACACACACGGUCAGACAGUAUGUCCCAUGUGUCGCAUGUGAAAAACACCACGUGCAAAACCCGAUGACGUAGACACCGGGCUUUCCUCGCCUGCCAGGCACCAACAAACGGGAAAACCCAGCGCAGCCGGGCCAGGUAUUCCAGGAAGUCGGCGAGAGGCAAACACGACCUGUUCUUCCGGGAUUAGCAACCAUGACCUCCUGCCUGGUCAGAUCGUGAAACCCAGGAGGAUGUUCUUUCUUCCCGGACUGUGGCGCCCUCUUCUGCUGGGCAGUUGGUGAGCUCGGUAGAGUCACCUCUUACAGGCAACUCCAGAGAGCAGGCAGGACAACGCGGUGGGGGCUUUUUCUUUUCUUUUUUAAUUGUACUUUAGAUGAAAGUUUACAGAAUAAGCUAGCUUCUCAUUAAAUGAUCAGUACACAUAUUGUUUUGUGACAUUGGUUACUAACCCCACGACGUGUCAACACUCUCCCUUUUCGACCUUGGGUUCCCUAUUACCAGCUUUCCUGUUCCCUCCUGCCUUCUCGUCCUUGUACCUGGGCUAGUGUGCCUCUUUAGUCUCUUUUUGUUUUAUGAGCCUGUCUAAUCUUUGGUUUAAGGGUGAACCUCAGGAGUGACUUCAGAACUGAGCUAACAGGGUGUCCGGGGCCAUACUCUUGGGGUUUUCUCAAGUCUUUGUCAGGCCAGUAAGUCUGGUUGAUAUUUUUUUGUGAGUUAGAAUUCUGUUCUACAUUUUUCUCCAGCUCUGUCCAGCACCCUGUAUUGUGAUCCCUGUCAGAGCAGUCAGUGGUGGUAGCCUGGCACCAUCUAGUUAUACUGCACUCAGUCUGGUGGAGGCUGUGGUAGUUGUGUCCAUUAGUCCUUUGGACUAAUCUUUCCCUUGUGUCUUUGAUUUUCUUCAUACUCACUUGCUCCAGAUAGAGUGAGACCAGUAGAGUAUCUUAGAUGGCCACUCACAAGCUUUUAAGACCCCAGACAUUACUCACCAAAGUAGAAUGUAGAACAUUUUCUUUAUAAACUCUGUUAUGCCAAUUGGCUAGAUGUUCCCAGAGACCAUGGUCCCCAUAGCCGUGGCAGGGCUUUUUCUUUAGCAAGUAAGUUCCUCAGACUUUUGAUGUUUCUGUAUAAGAUGAGGGGUUUACGAGGAUGACUGAAAGAAAAUCAACAGCAUAGGCUUCUGGUGAAAUAGAAGGUAAAUAUGCUAACAAAGCUUAUUAUGACCUCUACUUUCUAAGGAGCCCUGGUGGUGCAGGGGUUAAGUCCUCAGCUGUUAACUGAAAGGUCGGCAGUUGGAACCCAUCAGUGGCUCUUGAGGAGAAAGAUGUGACGGUCUGCUUCCAUAAAGAUUACCGCCAUGGAAAUUCAUGGGGCAGUUCUACUCUGUCCUGUAGGGUCACCAUGAGACACAAUUGACCUCAUGGCACACAGUAACAAUUUUGUUUCUAAUCUUUAAAAAUAUAGAAGGUAUAACUCCCAGUAUAGAUUCAUUUAUUAGUUCCAGAUUGCCAAAAGCACUUUGAAGGUGUGCUGUAGCAGGGGAGAGAGAAGGGGCCUGUUGAAGUCCUGUGAGGUCAGGGAAAGGGGUGAGACUGUUAGGAAUGUUUUAUUCUUGUGAUCCCGUUCUCACAACCAUCCUACUGAAGAGGUUUUACUCUCUCAAUUUUAUAGAUGAGGAAACAGCUGGUUAGAGAGAUUAAACAACUUGUUCACGGUCAAACAGCUAAGAAUAUUCUCCAGGACUCUUGAGCUCUCUGCCUACCCUCCCAUUGUCAUUGUAGCUUUGUCCACCCCCACUACUGGUGAGUUUUCUUCACAUGGUGGGAUAUGGUUUUGAGGAGCAUGCUGGGGUUACAUUUCACAGCUCAUGCAGUAACUGACCUCACCCCCAGGCUGGGAAUCCAGGGAAGGCCUUACACUGGCACCUGCAAUCCGGAACAUGCAUUUGUGUGUGCGUAUAGGGGCUCGUUACAGUGACUCGCAGUCUCACCAGAACCCCCACAGACUGGAGAAAGAAUAGUUUCCCAAAGAAAGGGAUUUGAGGAGUUGCUACAAGAAGCCAGGCAGGAAAGCUUGUAGGGCAGAAUGCGGAACUGGGGUUAAAGCCGCAUGAGUCAGCUCCCUGCCAGUGCGUGUCCACUAUGCCCUGCGGUCUCAAAAUCUACAGGCUUAAAAACAGGGGAGAAGAAAGGCAACAGGGCUGAAAAGAGAUGAGAGCUCCAAGCCACUCUAGGGCCCUCCCCGUCAGCAAGAUGGAAGGGAGAGCCCCUGGCUCUGAAGCCUCACCCUUUGGCUCCUGAGGAGCGCAGACCCAGAGCUCCUCUCCAGGUGUGGAGACCGGGGAGGGCGCUGUGCUCAUGAAACCAAAUGGUGUAGGCAGGACAGGGAUCAGGGUGAACUACUGCACAGUAUUUAUUUUAUUUUAUUUAUUAAAAAAUAAACAAGAAAAAAUACUAAAAAGAAAAUAGUCAGGAAUCCAAAAAGCAGUAACAACCAGCAGCGGCACCUACCCCGAGGUCUGGGCCACAACCUGCUGCCUGCUGGCUUUGGGGGAGGUCAGACACCGAAGAAAGUUAAAUGUCCUUCUCCAAACGGUGCAUCCACACAGGACUCAGGAACUCCAGGGCCAUCCAGAGCCAGUGCACAGGCCCUGGCAAGUCUCCAGACGAGGAUGGACACCCUGCCGUGCACUUCCCAGAAUAGAAA